AUGGUACAAGAAGCCAAUACACCACCAGUACACAAUAAUGAUAAUAAUACUACAAUAGUAACAUCGUCAGCAACAAGCACUGUCUGUGGGAUCAAAAAGAAAUUGUGCCUAGUUUUAAUUCCUCUUACUGUUUUGAUAAUUACAAUAAUUAUCAUAGUAACAGCCAUAUUUUUAAAAAAAUAUGCAGCCAAUAAAGAAUCAUCAUUAACUACAAUGAUAGAACCAAAGCCAACUUUACUUAAUAUAACAUAUGUGGCACAAGAAACCUUGUCUACUAUCAAAAGCGCAAGCUUUCUGUCGGCUGCUGAUGUUAAUUGUGACAAUAAAACUGAUAUCAUUCUCACUUAUUAUGAUGAAGAUAGAAUCCGUAUUUUUCUCAAUAUCGGUAAUGGUCAGUUUAACCCUUCACCGAUCAUAUAUAAAAAUGGUUUUGUACCAGACAUUAUAACAAUAGCUGAUGUCAAUGAUGAUAAACAACCUGACAUGAUUGUUACUAAUCCCAAAGACUAUUCUAUCAGUGUAUUUCUUAGUACAGAUUAUUGCAUGUUUGCUCAACGAAAGACUUACUCAACUGUUAAAGAACCGAGAUAUCCUACGGUAGUUGAUAUUAAUAAUGAUCAUAAACCUGAUAUUAUUAUUGAAUUCGAAGUCCCAUGGAAAUUCGGUAUUUUUUUAAAUAAAGGCAGCGGUAGUUUUACUCCUGUAAUGGAAUAUUUCAAAACAUUCGAGCCAUUUCAAAAUGUAGCUUUUGAUAUAAAUAGUGAUGCCAAAAUCGAUAUUAUUCACUAUUCCAGUGGCUAUAACCAGGUUUUUUUGAACAAAGAUGAGACUAGGUUUAUUAGUUUGAAACAGAAUUUUUACUCUCCUCGUUGGCACGGUAACGCAGUAGCUGACGUGAAUGGCGACGGCAAACUUGACAUUAUUGCACCAAGUAUACAUAUGGCUAAUUAUGGAAAAUUCUCUAUUGUUCUCAAUACAGGCAAUAAUAGCUUUACUUCAAACACAACAUAUUCACCAGAACUCUAUAAAUUCCAUGAUUUUUAUCACAUAACUGCUGCUGUUGAUAUAAAUAACGACGACAAACUCGAUAUUAUUACUUUGGAUUAUUACAAAAAUAAUGUUAUUAUUUUCUUCAAUGAAGGAAAUAGCAUACUCACCAAGCAAAUAACGUAUUCAACUAGCAACUACCCAAAACAAGUCGUAGUGACCGAUUUAAAUAAUGAUGGUAUACCAGACAUCCUGAUAAUGUCAUCUUUGAAAAAGUAUCUUUCAAAUUUAAAUUUUUUCGAACCUUCUCCAGAAAGUAAUGCAGGAGAAGACGAACAUCAAAGACGUACCAAUAUUAUUUCUACGCGAGUGUAUCUCUUAACUCUCAUUCUACUUCUCCUUUUGUAUGCCGUUGUUCUAUAUUAUAUCCCUUUGACAACAACAAUCACAAUUCAAUAUCCAACGAAAGAACAAUUUGAAGAACUUCCCUCAGAUGUAAAUUGUCCUUGUUCUCAUAUUUCUAUAUCACACGGUGAAUUUACUUCAAUUGAAGCACAUUUUCAUCAAGUUUGUGCUAGUGAUUUUGUAUCCGAUCGUUGGAUUAAUGCUACAUUUCUUGGUUCAAAUGCAACUUAUUUUCAUAUCCGUGACUUUCGAAGCUUUGCUAGUGCCCAAUUUCAAGGUCUUGCAAGUUUGUGUCGUCUUUCGAAAUCUAGUUUUCAACAAAGUAUUUCUUCAUUCAAUCAGAAAACGCUUAUUAGUCCAAAAGUUUUAACCGAAAUUGCCUUACGACCGUUAAUACAGUCGUCUAUUGAUCAAUUAAAAUUGUCAAUAUCAAGUGCCCUUGUACUUCAACUACAAACAAUUCGCGAAUUAACAGCUAGUAACAGAUUAAUGUCAGGUCUAAUGACAGACACCCGUCUGGAAUAUGUGGUAGGUAACAAUCGUCCUACAUAUAUAGCACCGGCAAUGGUCUAUGGAAAUUGCCCUUGUUCUGCUAUCAAGGAUUGUACACAGUCUAGGCCAAUCGGGAUAUACAAUAUAUUUUCGCCAUAUGCACGACGCGUUUGGGGGUUUUUUUCCGAACAGGAGCAGUUGAUAAUGAAAGUUCCCGGCAUAGAAACAGGUUGUUAUCCAUUAAAUUCUAUUCUUGAAUCUUCACUCGAAUGUUUCUAUGAUCAAACAUGUGUGAAUAACGUAUCAUCAUAUUUUCCUACAAAAGAAACAUUUACAGCAAUGACAAUAUCUCAGACUAGUCGUUUCUCUGAUAAAUCAUCAGUUCAAUCAAUUGUUGAUUAUUUGAUGAUAGAAAACUGGUAUACCAAUAUUACUUAUGAAAAAUAUUACAAUAAAUGUAUACCAAUGACAUGUACUUAUUCGACAGUAAAAUCUAAUCAUGUCUCAGUCAUAGUAACAAAAUGUAUUGGUAUGCUAUCUACUUUAACAAUGGUAUUGAAAUUAUUGAUACCAACAAUUAUUCGAUGGAUACGACGACCUCGAAAUGUUGAACCAACUCCAGAGAUUCCUCUCAAAAUCAAAUUUCAACAACUAAAAGGAACACUACACAAAACUCUUAAUGAAUUGAAUAUUUUUGAACGCUCAUUAAAUGAUAACUAUCAAAUACGUUAUCAACGUUAUGCUACUCGUUUAUAUAUUAUUUUGAUCUUUAUAUCGGUUUUUAUAUUUACUACGAAUAACUUCUUCAACAUAGUUAUGCACCAUUCAACUGUUCUCAAUCCAACUGAAUCUCAAUAUCUGACAUUACAAAGAAAUUAUUUAAGUAGUCUUUCAUGUCCAUGCAGUUCUAUUUCAAUGUCCUACUCAACUUUUCUUAAGAUAGAACCGCAAUACCAUCAUAUAUGUUUCAGUGAUAUAGUUUCUUCUAAAUGGAUUCAUAGGUUCCAUGGAAAAUCCAGUAUUCCUGGCUCUCUAUCCCCCAUGGAUUAUCAUGAAAAUGCUAAUGUUCAAUUUCAAUAUCUUGCAAAUUUUUGUCAUCGAAUUCGACACUUAAUUGAUGAUGCUACUCUAGACUUUCUUAAUGAUCAAUUUGUGAGUUCAACAAUUCUUUCUCCCAAUAUUUUCGAAGCUCAAAUAAAAUUACUUUUUGAAGAUUGGAAAUCAACUAUUAAAAAUCAAAUUCUACGUACUAUAGAUAUUAUUCGAGCAACAACACAUGGAAAUCAGUUGAUAAGUCCUUGGCUCAAUACAAAUUUUUCGUUUAGCUAUGCUAAUAGAGAAAUAAAAUUAGUACCAAUGAAAUAUUCCAACUGUUCCUGUGCGUUAUCACCCUUAUGUCGGACGGACAUGGGUUUGUAUGAUACUCAUGUCCAAGGCUAUUAUUAUACUAUUCGUACUCUCAUUCCAAAAAUGUUCAUUGGUUGUUAUCCGAAUGAAGCUUUGUUAGCGUCAACAUUAGAAUGUUUUUAUAAUAUUUCAUGCACGUUACCCUUGUAUCCUAGCAUAUAUGAUCUCGGAAUACGAUUUGAUUUGCCAUUACUCAAAACCAAUGCAAGCAUUAGUUCACCGGAUGAAACCAUCAGAUCAAUAAUUGAUCAACUAAUGAUUAAGGAAUGGUCAACCAAUAUCUCUUUUACUGCAUACUACCAAAAAUGUGCUCCUCAUUCAUGUACAUUUCAAUACUUCGAUCGAAAUAGCGCGAUCGUUGUUAUCACAACUAUCAUGAGUAUUACUGGUGGAUUAACACUUGGAUUGAAGAUUUUCCUCAUGAUAAGUCUUCUGAUCAUUGAAAAAUUCAAAAGUAUUUUAUCUCCUAUUACUUUAAUACGAUCUAUCAAGAAUCAAUUCAAUUGUCGUAAUGAACAACAAAUAAUUGAUCGACUACAUUUUAUAUUCGUGAUAAUCACUCUGAGUAGCAUUUAUCUUUCCACUACUUUUAUUCCACAAACAAGAUUGGAUGAGUUUCAGAAUUCGUCAUUGCCUACUUAUCAAGAAUUACAAACACGCUUUUCUGACACUCUUCAAUGCCCAUGUUCAGAUGUCUCAAUCGAAAAUGAAUUAUUUUUUAAUAUUACAGUUCGCUUUCAUCAAAUAUGCUCAAGUGACUUUGUUUCUGAUCCUUGGAUUGAAUAUUUAUAUAACAAUGGUACCAUUUUUGAUCAAUUUAUCGCAACUGAUUUUCGAGCUUCAGCCUUUGCACAAUUUCAAUUGCUUUCCUCACUUUGUAAACUUUCUCAACAAAUAGUGAAAGACUCACUUCUACAGCUAAGAAAACGUACUUUCGUCAAUAGCAAACUCCUAUCACCGAAACAACUAGAUGAAAUCAUUCAAUCUACUCUCAAUCAUUUUAAUUUAACAGUACCUGGCAUAUUGUUAAAUGCUCUAGCUCUCAUUCGUGAAACAACUGAAGUUAAUAAGAUUAUUACAGCUAUAUCAACUAAUUGGCAUAUUUUGCCACGAUCAGGCGCCAUCAUCGGUCAACAAAUAGUUCAUCCAGUACCACUCAUCUAUCAAGGAUGCAAUUGUGGAUUGUCAUCAAAAUGUACACAGCCUUCUGGAGGUAUGCUAGCUGGUUGUUAUCCACUUGAAGCUCUCUUACAAUCAACAUUUCAAUGUUUAUACGAUCAGGAUUGUAUUGAUUCAAGUCGAACUUUUAAAGCAUUGAGUAUUUCUUCUUUAGAAUCGAGUCGUUUCAAUAUUAAUAUGACUAUGGAAUCGAUUGUUAAUCAAUCUUUUAUAGAAGAAUAUACAAGCAAUAGAUCCUAUGAGAAAUAUUUCGCUGAAUGUGCAAUAUCAUCAUGUAGAUAUUCGUAUAUCGAUAAGGCGAAUAUUGAUGAUGGAAUAACUCUUCUGAUUUCACUUUAUGGUGGUUUGAUGAUCAUCAGUCAAUGUAUGGCUACGAUCGUUGUUCGAUUAUGUCGGGUUCGAGAACGAAGAAUUAUUCCUGACAUCUAUCAAAAUAGCUAA